UGGUGGGAUGGGUCCUGGAGAUCUUCAGGUUAAAAGAAGGGACAGGAUGUGACCCCAAACCCAUUUCUUGCUGUCUGAACUCCACUUUCCUUCUUUCCCUUGGGACAUCAAGCCACAGCAAGGACAGCCAGUCAACCCAUUCUGAUGUCCCACCACCCUCCUGGUGAAGAACUUCCUUCGAUCCCAUCCAACUCUUUUCCAGUCGGAAGCUGUUCCUCACCCUCCCAUUGGAGAAGCCCCUCAUUUUGGAGCUGUUGGGAUGAAGGCCUCAUACCAUGUCCUGCUCCUGCUCUUAGGAGCUGUGGGGAGCGUCCAAGCAGCAGAAGACAAAGCAUCUCUGCUCUACCCCUAUGGUCUGGAGCAACAAGACCAGAAGAACCCCAAACUGGAUGAUGGGACAUCAGAGGUCACCCUCACUGUGCCCUUCACCUUCUAUGGCCAGGAGCACCAAACCCUCUACGUCAACAACAACGGGGUGAUCUCCUUUGACACCCGGGUCAACCAAUACACCCCAGACCCCUUUCCGUUGGCUGAUGGACGCCCCUUUGUGGCCCCAUACUGGGCAGAUGUGGACAACGUGCUUGGAGGAGAUGUCUUCUACCGACAGACCACUGACCCAGCACUGUUGGCCCUCAUCACCAACGACAUCAACCAGUACUUCCCCACCAUCCCCUACACGGCCACAUGGGCUCUGGUGGCCACUUGGGAUCAUGUGGCCUACUACGGCUCUACCACCAACAAGGGCAACACCUUCCAAGCCAUCCUCACCACCGACACCAAGAGGUCCUUCAUCAUCCUCAACUACUGGGAUAUCCAAUGGACUACAGGGGCAGCAAGCGAUGGGGACCCUGAAACGGGGCUUGGUGGGACUCCAGCCCAUGCUGGCUUCAACAGUGGAGAUGACACCAACUUCUACAACAUCCCUGGCUCCCAAACGGAAGCCAUCAUUAACAUCACCAAGACCUCCAAUGUCAACAUCCCAGGGCGAUGGGUCUUCCAAGUGGAUGACUUCAAGGUGACCGGGGUCCCUGCUGAGGUGCCCAAGGUCUCCAAGAGCAACAACUGCUGGUUGUAAGCUCCAUCAAACCCAUUGGGCCAGAGGAACCCUUUGGUGUCCCCACCAUGCAUAGGAUGAAGGUGACGCAAUGGGAUGCAUCAACCUCCACUAGAGCAAUAAAACUCCGUUCGGGACACGGU